AAUUUCCUGCAAAUCAUCCCUCCUCCCAAGAAUUAAAUAAUGGUCCCCUAGAUUCCAAACACCCCUUUAAUUUUCAUAUUAAUUCCUCUAUGGAACACAAAUACACAUAACAAAAGAGAUGAAUUAAAAUAAAAAUACAAAAACGGAAGAAUGGAUUAUUCUCCAUUGAAGAAAUCCUUCAAAGCUCAUAGCUCUUACAAACACGCAAGAAAAACAUCAGAAGGUGGUAAUGGAGGUUCAACAAGCAAUAACGACCAUGAAGAAUUGCCUAUUCUUUCUCGCCAUCGAUCCCAUCGUUCAGUUGAUACACAACGUCCAACACCUGUAAUUUUGGUACCUGAUCACGAUGAGGUGAUUGUCAAAGUGGACGGUUCUUCAAGCUCCGGUUGUUCAAGCUCGGGUAAGCCGCGCAGAGAACCUAGUUUUGGUUUUGUACAAGGUGUAGAAGAUCCACCGUCAAAGCUAAUCAACCAAUUCUUGAACAAACAAAAGAAUGCCGGCGGCGAGAUUUCUUUGGAUAUCGAUAUGGACAUGGACGAGAUAAGACGCGAAUUACACGAUCGGAAUUUACCGCCUUUUCCUGAAUCUCCUAAAAAUACACCUUCAAGAGAAAUUCGAGUUUCCUUUUCACCUUCUCUUUCUAAUCUUGAUAGUCCAAUUGAGUCUGUUCGAAGGCGGUAUAAGGAUUUACAAGAAAAUAACAACAAAGAUGAUCCUGCAAUGCAAUCACAGCAGCAGCAACAGAGAUUAGAAGAGGUUUUGCACUGCACAUCCAAUAAAUCGUUUCGAACUCAAACGAGUAGGUUAUCAAGAUUGAAAACGAAAUCAAGGCUUAUAGACCCACCGCCGGAUGAGAUAGGGAUGGUAUCGGUUAGGUUCCCUCCGAAAUCCGGGCAGUUGAAAUCUGGGAUUAUUGGUGGAGGUGGUGGUGGUGGUGGUGACGACGACGAAGAAGACCCAUUGGAGGAUGAGGACUUACCUGAAGAGUAUAAAAGGGCACAUUUAAGUAUAAUUACAGUUCUUCAAUGGCUGAGCUUGAUUGCAAUCAUAGCUGCAUUGUUUUGUAGUCUUUGUAUUGAUAGAUUAAAGGAAGUGAGUUUCUUAGAGCUUAAACUAUGGAAAUGGGAAGUUCUACUAUUGGUUUUGAUAUGUGGAAGGUUGGUUUCAGGUUGGGGGAUUCGGAUAAUAGUAUUCUUUAUUGAGAGGAAUUUUCUUCUAAGAAAAAGGGUUUUGUAUUUUGUUUAUGGGUUAAAGGAUGGAGUGCAAAACUGUUGGUGGUUAGGGCUUGUGUUGUUAGCUUGGCAUUUUUUGUUUGAUCAGAAGGUUGAAAGGGAGACCAAAGGUGACUUACUUCAGUAUGUUACUAAAAUACUGGUGUGCUUUCUAGUUGCUAAUUUUAUAUGGUUGCUUAAAACUUUAAUGGUUAAGGUUCUUGCUUCAUCUUUCCAUGUUAGUACCUAUUUUGAUAGGAUUCAAGAAUCACUGUUUAACCAAUAUGUUAUUGAGACCCUAUCUGGUCCGCCAUUGAUAGAAAUACAAAGAAACGAGGAGGAAAUAGAGAAAACUGCAGCUGAGGUUAGAAAAUUACAAAAUGCUGGAGCAACAAUGCCUCCCGAACUAAGAGCAGCAGUGUUUUCAUCACCAAUAAGAGUAACUGCAAGUGAUCAAGGUACACAAAAAAGUUUUAGAGGAAUGAAAAGCUUCAAAUUUUCAGGGCAACUUUCAAAAAAGGGAGAGAAGAAGACAGAUAAUGGAAUCACAAUCGAUCGCUUACAUAGAUUAAACCAUAAGAAUGUUUCGGCUUGGAAUAUGAAGAGGUUGAUGAACAUUGUUCGAUACGGCUCACUAGCCACUUUGGAUGAGCAAAUAUUAGGUUCAACUGAUGCUGGUGAUGAAUCUGCAACAGCAAUCAAAAGUGAAAACGAAGCUAAAGCCGCAGCAAGAAAAAUAUUUCUUAAUGUGGCUUGUCAAGGAUCAAAGUACAUAUAUGAAGAGGAUUUGAUGCGAUUUAUGCAAGAAGAUGAGGUUCUGAAAACGAUGAAUUUCUUUGAAGGAGCAUCUGAACGCAGAAGGAUCAGUAAAUCUUCUUUAAAGAAUUGGGUGGUAAAUGCUUUUAGAGAGAGGAGAGCACUUGCUUUGACGUUAAAUGACACGAAGACAGCAGUGAACAAACUCCAUCAAGUGGUAAACAUGUUAGUUAGCAUCAUCAUAGUUGUGAUAUGGCUUCUCAUACUUGGAAUUACCACCAGUAAAUUUGUGCUCGUCAUGGGAUCACAAAUUGUUGUGGUUUCCUUCAUUUUUGGAAAUACUGCCAAGACCUUGUUUGAAUCAAUUAUCUUCCUAUUCGUCGUUCACCCAUUUGAUGUUGGUGACAGGUGCGAAGUCGAUGGAUUGCAGUUGGUGGUUGAAGAGAUGAACAUCCUAACUACCGUUUUCCUGAGAGCCGACAACCUUAAAGUUGUAUAUCAUAACAACAUUCUUGCCACUAAGUCGAUCGGCAAUUACUAUCGUAGUCCCGAUAUGGGCGAUGCAAUUGAAUUCUACGUCCAUAUAUCUACUCCAGCAGAAAAAUUGGCUCUCAUGAAACAGAGACUGAUAAGUUACAUUGAGGGAAAGAAAGAGCAUUGGUAUCCGAAUCCAAUGGUUGUACUAAAGGAAUUGGAUGGUUUGAACAAAGUGAAAGUGGCACUUUGGCUAAAUCAUAGAAUGAAUCACCAGGACAUUGGAGAGAGAUUUGAAAGAAGAUCCAGUUUAAUGGAAGAGAUGAUUAAGAUAUUCCAGGAACUUGACAUUCAAUACCGUUUAUAUCCUCUUGAUAUAAACAUUCAGUCUAUGCCUCCUUUCCCUUCUUGAAUUUAUUAUUAUUAUUAUUAUUAUUUUUUGGAGCUAAUAUGUGAUCAUUGCCCUUGCUCUAUGUUGGAUCAAGUGAGAAUCUACUUGUGUGAAGUAAAUAGUGUUCUUCAUCUUUCUAACUUGGCAGAACAAUAUCCUUCGAGUGUGCAUGUCCUUGAUCAAGUUCUAGACUCUUCGAACCAGUAGCAAUGUACAUCUUGUUAAAUAUGGCAUUGUAUAGGUAAUUUAAUGUAUCAUUGAUCUAAUAUGUUAAUAUUUAUAGUUUGCUUCUUCCGAACAAGAGUUUUUUA